UAACACUUCCUGUCGGGAUUUAGACCUCAGAAUGCCUGAUGAUAAAGGCCUGUGUCUUUAACACACACAGACAGACUGGUGGUUAUUUUUGUGACCUGAACGCUGUCACAUGUGGGGCGGCAGCCUGCGACAUGAUACUAAACAACAAACUGACGUCAUCAGCAGGCGACUCCCACCUGACAGCGCUAUAGCGCUCGGAGCGCCCAGGAGGCCGACGCCGAGCCUGUGCAUGUCUUCGGCCACACAUCAGUGCGCGGAUCUCCUGACGCCCGUGCACCGCAGCGUCUGCCGCGCGCAUCUGUCCGUGCACUCCGACAGCGCGGGCCACGAUGGCGGACUGCGUCGGCUUCCAAGCGCAGAUCGCCUCCAUCAUAGAGAUGCUGGCCAACUCGGCGGUGGCCGAAAUUUGCAAACUGGUGGACGACGGUUACGCGGCGCUGCGCUCUCAGAUGGAGCAGGAGCGGGAGAAGAGCGAGAAGGAGAACCGAGCCCUGCGGCAGAGGCUGCGAGACAUGGACGUGAAGAUGCGGAGCUGUGAGAGGAGGAUGAGGAGACGGAGUCAGCGCGAGGAGCAUCACACGGCUCAUUUUAGGCCGCCCAAAGGACCUGAUGACCAUCAGCCCCUGGCACUCCCUCCUCUGGCUCUUUCUGAAGGCAAACCCUUUCAUCCAGUUUCAAAGCAGGAGGAAGCCAAGAUGUUGACACUGGUGAAGCAGGAAAAAGAGGAGAGAGAUGACUGCAACUUGGACCUGAAGGUGGAGGUUAACAUAAGGGCGGAGUGUGGCCUCUCUGCAGCUUUGGAGCCCAGCGAGGAAAGCCCCCCUGCUGACACUGUUCUCGACACCAGCGUCAGCAGCCUCACAUCCUCCACUUCACAGCUGUCCUCCUCUCCUGCUGAUGCCACGAUGGACCUGACCUGCAGGCCUCGAGCAAAACGUAAAGCUGCUAAGCCCGUAGGCAACACCGAGGGGGUCCUGGCCUCCGAAGCGGCUCGCAGGGACCCUUCGGGGAGCCUACCUGAUAUGGCUCUGAAGCCAGAGGUCCAGACAGAUGAGCUCACAGAAGAUGACCUUCAUCCCUCUCAGCUGUCGGCCACUAUAGCCUCUGAUGAGUCGAGCUGCGACCGCCUCAACAGCCUGGGCCUGGAUCUGGCCUGGAUGCAGGAGCGUGUCAGUCAUCUGGGAGCAGCCUAUGCAGUAGCACAGCUGGGUUUGGGGAACACGGACAGCGGGCAUCCUUCUGCCUCCUUCCCCUCACAGGGAGGUGGAGAAAGUCUCGACAGCCCCCCAACUAUGCUCUUUACAGGCGGCGCUCACGAGAUGGCUGCUUUUGCUGCCUCCUUCGACAUGGCUGCUGCUGCCGCCGCCGCCGUAGUAGCUGCACCCCCUCCACCUCCGCCCCCUCCCCCUCCUCCGACAGCUCCCACUGGCACUGUCAGCAGCCAGAGGCGGCCUUACAGGAGCAGCACCGCCGCCGCAAAGGAGCCGGUGGCGUGCGCUGUGUGCGGACGCGUGUUCCCCAGCACGGCCGGCCUGGAGUUGCACCAGCGGGUGCACACCGGGGAAAGACCUUACACUUGCCCUCACUGUGGGAAGGGUUUUGCCCAGCCCAACAACCUACGGGUUCACCUCCUCAUCCACACCGGUGAGAGGCGUUAUCGAUGCACACUGUGCGGGAAGAGUUUCAUCUCAUCGAGCCAUCUGAAGAGGCACCGCACGGUUCACACGCAGGAGAAACCCUACAGCUGCUCGCGCUGCGGCCAGUCCUUCAGCCAGAUGUGUAGCGUCCGCAGACACCGGCAACAGUCUCAGUGCGGCCUGUAGCAUGAACGCUGUAGCAGCAUCUGAUACACUCUGGACUCUGAAUGGUGAACAUUUAAAGAUGGUAGCUUGAGCGUAGAUGAGGUGAUGUCAUGAUGACGGUCAGAGUAAAUGUUUGUAAAUGUUUGUCCUAAAUCAGUUAUACGGUUGGUCUACCCCACACUGUCUUCAUAUUGGUGGUUUGACAGUGAGACAAGGUCACACAGGUGAGUUUGUGAUAGACUAACGCUGAGACUAAACUCUUGAGUCUAAACUCUGAGUCUAAACUCUGAGACUAAACUCUUGAGUCUAAACUCUGAGUCUAAACUCUGAGACUAAACUCUUGAGUCUAAACUCUGAGACUAAACUCUGAGACUAAACUCUGAGACUAAACUCUGAGUCUAAACUCUGAGACUAAACUCUGAGUCUAAACUCUGAGACUAAACUCUGAGACUAAACUCUGAGACUAAACUCUGAGUCUAAACUCUGAGACUAAACUCUGAGACUAAACUCUGAGACUAAACUCUGAGACUAAACUCUUGAGUCUAAACUCUGAGACUAAACUCUGAGUCUAAACUCUGAGACUAAACUCUGAGACUAAACUCUGAGACUAAACUCUUGAGUCUAAACUCUGAGACUUAACUCUGAGACUAAACUCUUGAGACUAAACUCUGAGACUAAACUCUGAGACUAAACUCUGAGUCUAAACUCUGAGACUAAACUCUGAGACUAAACUCUGAGACUAAACUCUGAGUCUAAACUCUGAGACUAAACUCUGAGACUAAACUCUGAGACUAAACUCUGAGACUAAACUCUUGAGUCUAAACUCUGAGACUAAACUCUGAGUCUAAACUCUGAGACUAAACUCUGAGACUAAACUCUGAGACUAAACUCUUGAGUCUAAACUCUGAGACUUAACUCUGAGACUAAACUCUGAGACUUAACUCUGAGACUAAACUCUUGAGACUAAACUCUGAGACUAAACUCUGAGACUAAACUCUGAGACUAAACUCUGAGACUAAACUCUGAGUCUAAACUCUGAGUCUAAACUCUGAGACUAAACUCUGAGACUAAACUCUGAGACUAAACUCUGAGACUUAACUCUGAGACUUAACUCUGAGACUUAACUCUGAGUCUAACCAUAAACUCUGAGAACUCGUUCGAGUGAGCUGUGAAGAAAAGCCCUCGUUAAUAAAACCGCGAUGUCGAGAGCAAAUAAAAGGGCAGAACCUCUAUUUUAAUCUCGUGGCCCAUGGAGCAUGAAUGUGUCCCAGUGUGGCUCAUGCUUUUAUCAUUAUCAAACAUCAGUGUUCAUGACUAGAUGAAGCUGGAAGCUGACAGUGCAGUGUAGUGGCAGCGACACAGCUGCUGAUUCCAGCAUGUUGUAUUUCAUGCUGUCAGCAGCUGUAAGUAGCAAUGACAACAGAAAGUCUGACUUUUGCUGCGCAGACUGUAGGCUCUCCACCUAACUGUUGUUACCUGGUGCUAUAUACAUAAAGUAGUGAUGGCAAACAGCAUCUGCACAUCUGUUGAAGGUGAUCACUCUAUUUAGAAGAGUGGACUUUAUUCCAUCUAUUAAAUAUUGGUUGAUAAAGUAUAGGGACCUGGUUUGCAAACACAGAGCACUUUCUUUAGUCUAACAUCAGAACAUCGGUCUUUAAUGGGACUCUAAAUAUACCAAAUUCAUGUUUGAAUGUAUUAUUAACAUAAUGAACGUCAGUAAAUCCUCCACACAGAGAGUAUGUGCUACAUGUGGCACAGUAACAGUACCUUAGUUAUGUCUCAAGAACCAAGAAGGGGAAUCCCAGAACGUUGUCUGUGUUUGUGUGGAUGCUGCGCUUUGUUUGGGAGAAACGCUUCAAGGCCCAUCCAGGUCAGGCUGCAGCUUUCCCACCGUGCACACAGUACAGCUGACACGAGCACCACUAGCUCCGUUUCAUAAACAUUAAUAUGCAAAUUGUCAUGAACAUUGAUGGCUGACCACGAGUGCGAUUCGCAGAGUUGGGACUGGCAGCAUUCACAGCCCUGACUCUCGUCUCGUGGAUGGCCUGGAGCUUUCCUCAGGCCUGCUGGGAUAAUCGCGUUAAUCUCUUUGACGGUCCUUUUCUGGGCUCUGCUUUCCAAAGUCGAGAGUUCCAAUCAGAGGUCUUUAUGGCCCAGAUAAGGUGAACAGUCAAAAGGAAAAGUGGACAUAGAAGGCACGUUGUAGUGGGACAGACGCGUGUCCUGGUUUGAUGGGAGGAGCUGUGAGCGGCGGGCUGCUGCAGGAAGGCUAGGAUACCACAGCUGUGCAGCGGCUAGGAGUCCAUGUUGCUGCACGAGUAAUGUUAUUGUAGAAAAUUCAAGACUCUUCCGUUGAAGCACUUUAAAGGUUCCCCUUUGUUAAAAGGGAAAAACUGGAGACGUAGUUUGAUCCCAUGCUCUCUGUAUCAGCGUCAUCGUGACAGUAUCGUGGACGAGUGGCCUUCUCAGAUGUGUGCAGUGACUCUGCAGUGUUGGCACUUUGUUGAAGCACAUCUUGUAGCCCAAGCUCGCACCUUCUCGUUGUGCUGACUACAUUUAUGUGUGUGCACUCCACACUCAUGUUGAAUUGAUGGAAAUGUAAUAAGCUGUUGUGAAGAGAGUUAGCCUCAUGAUUUGUUUCCCAGAGAGGGCAUUACAUUUGGAUUAUUGUUAUUAUUAUUUUUGGAUGCAGAGCCUGACUGGAGAAGCUUUUUCCAGGUCCAGGCCUGAAGAUGAAUCUUUUUAAUGUCAGACAUUCAUUGUCCACAUUUCAACACAUCACAGGACUGUAAAAAGAUGUAAAGUGAAACAUAUAUAUCAGAGUCGUGUUAGUGUGUGUUGGUGUCUGGGUGUAAUCGGCUGUAGCAGCUAAAACAAAUACUUUGCCUUCGAGUAUUCUUUCAUGACAUGUUUCAGUGUUGAUGUCAUUAAAUAUGUAGGAGGUUUGCAGUGAACCUCGCUAUG